AUGAAAAAUCGGGAUCAUCUCAUAUACGGCCUAAUUUUUGGAUUUAUUGUCUGCUGCUCGGCAGCAUUGACCACCCUUGACUAUGUGGCAAGUGCAGAGUCUGCCGAGACUGGGCAGAAUCCUUUCUCGUCAUGGCCACACCAUCAUCCACCCGUUGUUGCAAGGCAUCCGGUCAGCGGCCAUGAAGAUCUUGGCUCACAGCCCGUGUUCGCGACCGUGACCUCGGCGAUCAGUGUUGCAGUGGCAGCAGAGGCAACCCAUUCACCCUUCCCGACAACGACACCUACGGCUGUAGGACCCUGCCGGCGUAAUAAUUCCCUACUCGCAACAAUAAGCUCCCUCAGCGGUGCCCUCCAAGAAGCCAACUCGAACGCGAUAUACUUCUCAAGCCUCCUGGCAACAUCCAUCAUCGGGCUUCAGGAGUCGAUCGAUCAUCUCACCUCGUCGGCUUCCAGCGCCUUAGCAUCUGUUCAAGCCUCAGCCUCAAUCGCAAUAGCGUCGACCGAGGAAUCGGCAUCCAAUGCUGUGAUAGCUGCAGAACGUUCGGCCGCGAGCACCGUUAGCAGUAUGAGUGAAAAGCUGGGCCAAGGAACGGUCACGGUCACAGCAACCGUUGUCUCGGUUACAACAGACCUCAUAGGGCCGACCAUCACGGCAGAUCCAAAUUCGACAAUAGCUCCAAACAAUCCGCAGGCUCUCAACAACCCCGACAUCAAAGCUGUGCAGGGAGCCGCGUCAUCGGUCAACCGUGCUGCUAUAGCAGUUGUCGUCGCCAUCAUUGGCUCCUCUGUGCUUUCUCUCGCCGGCUUCUACCUCUUCGUGAGAUACCGGAAGAGGAAGCAAAAACAAAAAGAAGAAGACCAGAACGUAAGCGACGCGCUUGACCGUGCCAUUGUCAGCUAUAUCGUCAACGACCAGGCCAGCCCGACCAAGAGUGGGGACCCAUUUAGUCCGACGGGGCCACCAGGACCUAUCCACUUGGAGACCAUCCAAGAAGCACACACACCUUCUCCAACCCAGGGGCCACAACCACCUCCCGUCCGACGGCCCUCGCAAGCCUAUCUCCCGUCACCAACACCCUGGACACCCCAGUUCGAACCAUCGGCCGAUAUCUCCCAGGGAAAGAUGGGACAGGCCGUUGGCAGAAAAUAUAGUACCUCUAGCGACAUCCUCCUCCCAUCGCCUGGCCCGCCGCCAACCAUUCCCCUACCCACUCCCCCAACAACACAAGACAUUAGGAGGAACAUCUCAAUACGGUACGCUCCUGAGUGCAGCAAAAGCGUCUACGGAGACAUAUUGGCUCGGCCCCUGGAAACCGUGCCUACCAACACGUCGGUGAUGAGCGGUACGAGUGGUGGUGGACAUCCACUCGGCCAUUCGAGGACUGCAUCGGCGACUAGUGCGAGGAAUAAUAGCAUUGAUGAGAGAAUGGCCAGUAACGCAUCUGCUUCUGCACGCGGCAAGCAUGCGCGUGGACCAUCGACGACGACUUCGAGGCGGAGAGCGGCGAGUACGGGGAGUGUGAGAUCGCAGGGUCAGAGCAUGGGGGACCAACAACAAUGGCUACAGAAGCAGCAGCAGCUGCAGCCGGGAAGAAGAGACGACAGUAGGGAUCCGAGUUGGCCGUUGCCGAAGAACGGACUCAUCUAA